GGGUGCUGAAGCAGGGGUCAGCACCACUUGAGGAGUUCCACAUUUGAGGUUAACAUGUCGAAGGCUGUGUUCGCCGUGCUUUGCCUGUGUGUGUUGGUGGCCGCAGCUAUCCCAUGCCUGACCAAAGCCGGGGACGCGGGGGCGGCCAUACCGGCUACGGGAGCUAUGGCGGCCAGUCCUACGGCGGGGGCCGUCCCGGAGGCAGUUACGGAGGCUACGGCAGCGGUUAUGGAAGUCAAGGCAGCGGGUACGGCAGCGGUUAUGGCAGUCAAGGCAGUGGGUACGGCAGCGGUUAUGGCAGUCGAGGCAGCGGGUACGGCAGCGGUUAUGGCAGUCAAGAUAGCGGGUACGGCAGCGGUUACGGCAGUCAAGAUAGCGGGUACGGCAGCGGUUAUGGCAGUCAAGGCAGCGGGUACGGCAGCGGUUAUGGAAGUCAAGGCAGCGGGUACGGCAGCGGUUAUGGAAGUCAAGGCAGCGGGUACGGCAGCGGUUAUGGAAGUCAAGGCAGCGGGUACGGCAGCGGUUAUGGAAGUCAAGGCAGCGGGUACGGCAGCGGUUAUGGCAGUCAAGGCAGCGGUUAUGGCAGUCAAGGCAGCGGGUACGGCAGCGGUUAUGGCAGUCAAGGCAGCGGGUACGGCAGCGGUUAUGGCAGUCAAGGCAGCGGGUACGGCAGCGGGUAUGGAAGUCAAGGCAGCGGGUACGGCAGCGGGUAUGGAAGUCAAGGCAGCGGGUACGGCAGCGGGUAUGGAAGUCAAGGCAGCGGGUACGGCAGCGGGUAUGGAAGUCAAGGCAGCGGGUACGGCAGCGGGUAUGGAAGUCAAGGCAGCGGGUACGGCAGCGGUUAUGGAAGUCAAGGCAGCGGCUCCGGAAGCUAUGGCGGUUAUAGAGGAAGUGGCGGGUCCGGUGGUUAUGGCCGUGGAUAUUACAGGUACUGAGGUUUAAGUGUACACAAACCGGAUUAAAGAGAAUAUGUAUAUAAUACGCUAAUAAAUCUUGUGAACUUU